AUGGCAGGCGAGGCGAUGCAGACCUUUCGCGUGGGUGCGCACGUGUGGGUGCCUGACCCUGAGCUCGCGUGGGAGGAGGGGUGCGUGGUGGAGGACCUGGGGGAAGGCAAACUGGCCGUGAAAAUCGAUAACCCCGCCAAGCCGGACUUAUGGGAGGUGCACGCGUCGCUGUGCUGCAUGCGCGAGCCAGACGGCCCACUGCUGGACGACAUGGUUCGUCUCACGUGCCUGCACGAGCCUGGCGUGCUCUCCAACCUCUGCCGCCGCUACCGCGCCAACCUCAUCUAUGUGCGCGCUCUCACGCUCACCCUCCCCCUUUCUCUCUCUCGCUUGCACGCUGCUGCACGCCCACUGCUGACCCCUUUUUACUCACCUCCAACCUAUCCGCUCAUUCCCCCUUUCCCUCUCACACCAUCUCCCAGCCCCUCCCUGUGUCAACACCCUCGCUUUCACCUUUCCUCGCUCCUCCCAUCCUCCACCCCGUCCCUUCCCCUCCAGACAUACACGGGGUCUAUAUUGAUAGCGCUGAACCCGUUUGUGCGCAUCCCUGGGCUGUACGACACAGCCAUGAUGCGCCAGUACCAUGGCGUGCCCCUCGGCCUGCUCUCACCUCACGUCUUCGCCACUGCAGAGAACGCCUUCCGGGCCAUGAAGGAGGGGGGUCGCAGCCAGGCGAUUCUGAUAAGUGGGGAGAGCGGAGCAGGCAAGACAGAGACCACGAAGCUAAUCAUAGAGUACCUCGCCCGCGCUGCUGCUCACAAUGACCCUGCCUCGCUGCCAUCCCCCACCACUGUCCUCCCCACUGCCUCCUCCUCCCUCCCCGCCCUGCACAUCCACCCGCCCGGUUCCCCCUCUGCCUCUCCGAGCAUAGAGUCCCUUGUUCUUCAGGCCAAUCCACUUCUGGAGGCCUUUGGAAACGCCAAGACUCUCAGAAACAACAACUCAAGCCGCUUUGGCAAGUUUAUCGAGCUGCAGUUCGGGCGUGGGGGCGGGCUGACGGGGGCAGCGGUGCGCACGUACCUGCUGGAGCGGUCGCGCGUGGUGCACAUUGCAGACUGCGAGCGCAACUACCACAUCUUCUACCAGAUGUGCCAGGGGUUGUCGAAUGAGGAAGCAGCAGCCCUACAGCUGCCUCCAGACCCCAGCACGAGAGCGCACCACUUCCACUACCUCAACCAGAGCACCUGCUUCCACCUGCCUGGCCGUGCCUCUGACGCCGAUGAGUUUGCCGCCACCAUGUCAGCCAUGAGGGCUGUUGGCAUCACUGCGCAGCAGCAGGAUUCAAUUCUUAAAUUACUGGCAGCCAUCCUCCAUAUAGGCAACUUCACGUUUGAACAGAAGGACUCUGACUUGGUGCUGGCAGUGCCUCAUGCAGAGGCGCACCUGGGUGCCGCCGCUGACCUGCUCAGAGUGGACAAGGAAGCCAUGCGAGAGAGCAUUACGGUGGUGACGAGGCGGGUGGGCCCGGAGGUCAUUCGCAGCCCAGCGGACGACCGCACCGCCUGCUUGCGCCGCGAUGCCCUCGCCAAGGCACUCUACUCACGUGUCUUCGACUGGCUGGUGGAGCGAAUCAACGAGUCGAUCCAGCAGACAGGUUUGGUGGAGGAGGGCCGGUGCAUCGGCGUGCUGGACAUUUACGGCUUCGAGCACUUUGAGGUCAACAGCUUUGAGCAGCUGUGUAUCAACUUAGCCAAUGAGAAGCUGCAGCAACACUUCAACCAGCACGUGUUGAGGGAGGAGCAGCAGGUGUACGAGCGGGAGGGCAUCAAGUGGGACUUCAUUGACUUUGAAGACAACAGCGAUGUGCUCGACGCCAUUGAAGGGUGCGUUGCAUUGUUAUCAUGGGGCGAUCUUUUUUCGAGACGUCUCAAAAAACGACGUGUUUUGAGACGUCUCAAAAAACGACGCCAUUGA